CGUCAACAUUUUCUCUGUCUCUCAGGCGAGCGGCUGCCAAAACCCGACAAAGGCAAGAUGCGUUUCCACAAGAUCGCCAACGUGAACAAAGCCCUGGACUUCAUCUGCAGCAAGGGCGUGAAGCUGGUGUCUAUUGGUGCUGAGGAAAUCGUGGACGGUAAUGGGAAGAUGACCCUCGGAAUGAUCUGGACCAUCAUCCUGCGCUUUGCCAUCCAGGACAUUUCUGUGGAAGAGACCUCUGCCAAGGAGGGUCUGCUGCUGUGGUGCCAGAGGAAGACUGCCCCCUACAGGAACGUCAACGUGCAGAACUUCCACAUCAGCUGGAAGGACGGCCUGGCUCUGUGCGCCCUCAUCCACAGACACAGACCCGACCUUAUCGACUACUCCAAACUGAGAAAGGAUGACCCCAUUGGAAACCUGAACACCGCCUUCGAGGUGGCGGAGAAGUUCCUGGACAUCCCCAAGAUGCUCGACGCUGAAGAUAUUGUGAACACACCCAAACCCGAUGAGAAGGCCAUCAUGACCUACGUGUCCUGCUUCUACCACGCCUUCGCCGGAGCUGAGCAGGCCGAGACCGCCGCCAACCGUAUCUGCAAAGUUCUGGCCGUCAACCAGGAGAACGAGAAACUGAUGGAGGAGUACGAGAAGCUGGCGAGCGAGCUGCUGGAGUGGAUCCGCCGCACCAUCCCCUGGCUGGAGAACCGUGUGACGGAGCAGACCAUGAGGGCCAUGCAGCAGAAGCUGGAGGACUUCCGUGACUACCGCCGCAUCCACAAGCCGCCACGCGUGCAGGAGAAAUGUCAGCUGGAGAUCAACUUCAACACCCUGCAGACCAAGCUGAGGCUCAGCAACAGGCCCGCCUUCAUGCCCUCCGAGGGCAAGAUGGUGUCGGACAUCGCCAACGCCUGGAAGGGUCUGGAGCAGGUGGAGAAGGGCUACGAGGAGUGGCUGCUGACGGAGAUCCGCCGCCUGGAGAGACUCGACCACUUGGCUGAGAAGUUCAAGCAGAAGUGUGCGAUGCACGAGUCCUGGACUGGAGGUAAGGAGGACUUGUUGUCCCAGAAGGAUUACGAGUCAGCUUCUCUGAUGGAGAUCAGAGCUCUCAUGAGGAAGCACGAGGCCUUCGAGAGCGACCUCGCCGCUCACCAGGACCGAGUGGAGCAGAUCGCCGCCAUCGCCCAGGAGCUGAACGAGCUGGAUUACCACGAUGCUGCCACAGUCAACACCCGCUGCCAGGGCAUCUGUGACCAGUGGGACAACCUGGGGACCCUGACCCAGAAGAGGAGGGACGCACUGGAGGUAACGUCCAUCACCACUGGGAUAAACUCAGCGUUCAUCACGAGUGAUG